GGCACGGGGCUGCCUUGGUGGGUGUCACACCACAGACCUCCUGCCUUGCACACAGUGGCUUCUGCAGAGAAAUAACAAAGAACAAUUGCAGAGAACAACAGAGCUGAAGUACCCAGAUAUGUAUCAGCAAUGCAUGGGCUCGGAGAUGAAGAGUGCAGGUGGAGAGAUGCUGUAAAACAUUCCCAGGUCUUCUUUAGUCUGCAAAAAGAACUGAAUUCUACAUAAAAUAAAAUAUCUGCCAUGGAUUUGCAGUCCAUGUUCAUGACUUUGUAUACUGCAGGUCUGGACACGAUGAGAGUGGCCCAAAUGUCUGAGAGACAGCAAUCUGCAGCAACUGAUCUGACUUCAAGAAGGAACAUUGUCAGUCUGAAUCGCAGCUGAAGACAGUGCAGCAAAAUCCCAGAAGCAACAUUAAAAACAAUGCUAAAACAAUAAACAAGCCCAAGAUUUGGGUCACAGCUGAAGUUCUUCGGAAAUCUUUUCUCAUGCUAUUCCACCUCAGAGGCGGAACAAUGGCUCUUCACAGAAGAGGGUCCUGAUGACAUCACAUCCUCUCCUAUAAGUUACGCUGCCUCCAAAGUUCAGUGAGAAAGAUCAGCCGCGCUCCGCUGCACCGCCCCGAGGACGAUGGCCGGCUCUCCUGCACUGCUCCUCCUGCUCAGCCUGGGGCUCUGCUACAUCAGCAUCCAGGGACAGAGGAACACGAUGGUGGCCAGGUUCGUUGACAGGAAUAUGAAGCACCCCCAGGAGGGACAGCGGCUGGAGCUGGAGUGCCCACCUUACGGCAUUGACAGCGGUGUCUCCUGGAUCCGACAGGACAAGGAUGGGAAACUUCACUUCAUCGUCUACAUUUCCAUGUUUUCCCGGACCACCUACCCAGGGAAUGAGAAAACAUCUUCACAAUUUGAGGGGUCAAAACAAGGCAACUCCUUUCGGCUGGUGGUAAAGUCCUUCAGGGCACAGGAUGAGGGGACCUAUUUCUGCAUCACCAAUAUCAACCAGGUGCUCCACUUCAGCUUUGGACAACCUGCCUUCUUCCCAGUCACAACAACAGCAGCAGCACUCACCACACCCGCUGUCACCACCCAGAGCAGCCAGGUCACCAAGAAGGACAUCUGCGUGCAGACCUCAGAUCCAGGAACAAGCAACAAGAACAUGCUGAAUUUCUACUGUGAGAUUUACAUCUGGGCUCCCCUUGCUGGCGUCUGCCUCGUGCUCCUUAUAGCUCUGAUUGUCACCAUCGUGCUCUGCCAAAAGACCAGAAGACGACGAUGCAGGUGUAAGAGACCUCCAAAUGGGAAGCCUGGUGCAAAACCCAGUGUGCCAACCCGACACAUAUGAUGAGCAGCUGCAGCGCCCAGCUGCUGGUCAGCAUCUGGGAGCCACUGCUGCCAAAGGCAAUCUCCCACAUAGCUACUACUCUUCAAGCAUGCUAUCCUGAGAAAUCCAGAAAGACAGCAAAGGAGCAGAGUCACACAGAGCCAGCACCUCCCUGAAGCACAGCUCUUACAGAACCAGAGCUUUUCCAUUGGAUUCCAAAGGCCCAACACCACCUUUAGACCCAGCAGAACUCUGUGGUUCCAGCAGAAGAAAGUGCUCAGUCCUGAUACAAACACCCAUUGGUGAUAAGUGGAUGGGAAAUAAGGAUAUUGACUGGACAUCUGCCCUCUUUUUUGUGGUGCUGUGCAGCCCCCUCAGAGUUUCAGAAUGGCUCAGGAUGAAUGGGGCCUCACAGACCAUCACAUCCCAACCCCAGCCAUGGGCUGGGUGCCACUAUUGGGUCAGACUGCCAAGGGCCCCAUCUAACCCAGCUCUGAGCAAAGUUUCAUCUCAUAUAACACAGGGCUGCACUGAGAAAGCAAACAUGGAUAUAAGGGCUGCACUUUUGGGGGGUUUAUACUCCUGCAGGCUGAAGUUUCCUAUUUCCCCUUUGCUCCCUUCAUCCUGCUGCUAGCCCCACACCCACUGUGCUCAGCACUUCCACCUGGGCACAAAGUGGGAUUUCCCUUCUUUCUGGAAUAAAUGGUUCAGUAUUAAUAAAUUAACAGCCUCUGUUACCUGCUUUGGCUAAGCAGGACUUUCAGCAUAUUUGGGGCACUGUGAGUGAGAGUUCUGUUUAUUGUUUCACCUCUAUGCCUGAUGUAAAUAUUUCCUCAUUACAGUGACAUGUCAACACCUGAGAUAAAAUAAAGCAAUGUUUCCAGAUAGAUUCACUAA